AUGGGAGAACUCUAUCUACAAGGAAAUUUGUUUGAUGGAGCCAUUCCAGAUAUAAGAGGCUUGGUGGAUAUUAAAGAAAUUGAUUUCUCGAACAAUAAUCUCUUUGGAGUUAUACCUGGAUAUCUUGCAAAUUUUUCCAAGUUGCAGUAUCUCAAUCUAUCCAUUAACAAUUUCGAGGGAAGAGUGCCAACAGAAGGGAAAUUUCAGAAUGCAUCUCUAGUUUCAGUAUUUGGAAACAAAGAUCUAUGUGGAGGCAUCAGGGAGUUGCAACUAAAGCCAUGCUCAAGGCAAGAACCACCAAUGGGAAGAAAGCAUUCCUCUCUUUCAAGGAAAGCUGUGAUAUGGGUCAGUAUUAGUUAUGGAGAUCUUCAAAAUGCAACAGAUGGUUUCUCUUCAAGCAAUUUGAUUGGGUCAGGUAGUUUUGGUACUGUGUUUAAGGCAUUGCUCCCUGUGGAGAAUAAGGUUGUUGCAGUCAAAGUUCUAAACAUGGAGAGACGUGGAGCAAAGAAGAGCUUUAUGGCAGAAUGCGAAUCCUUGAAAGACAUAAGGCAUCGUAAUCUUGUAAAAUUGUUGACAGCUUGUUCGAGUAUUGAUUUCCAAGGAAACGAAUUUAGAGCUCUCAUCUAUGAUUUCAUGCCGAAUGGAAGCUUGGAUAUGUGGCUGCAUCCAGAGGAAAUAGAAGAGAUUCAUAGGCCCUCGAGAACCUUGACACUUCAUGAAAGGCUGAACAUUGCCGUAGAUGUGGCUUUUGUUUUGGACUAUCUUCAUGUCCACUGCCAUGAACCUAUAGCCCAUUGUGAUCUAAAGCCAAGCAACGUCCUUCUAGACGAUGACCUGACUGCCCAUGUUAGCGACUUUGGUCUGGCUCGGCUCCUCCUCAAAUUUGACCGAGAGUCCUUCCUCAAUCAACUAAGCUCAGCCGGAGUCAGAGGAACCAUCGGCUAUGCCGCUCCAGAAUAUGGAAUGGGAGGGCAGCCUUCAAUACAUGGUGAUGUGUAUAGCUUUGGGGUUUUCCUUUUGGAAAUGUUCACUGGAAAGCGACCAACCAAUGAGUUAUUUGGGGGAAACUUUACACUACACAGCUACAUCAAAUCUGCGUUGCCAGAGCGAGUAUUGGAUGCUGCCGAUGAAUCAAUUCUUCACAUCGGUCUUAGAGUCGGUUUUCCAAUUGUUGUGUGCUUGAAAUUGGUUUUUGAGGUUGGACUUAGGUGCAGUGAAGAAUCUCCUACAAACCGGUUGGCAAUGAGUGAAGUCGCAAAGGAGUUGAUCUCAAUCAGAGAGAGGUUCUUUAAAGCCAGAAGAACAACCCGACGUUGAAGUGUUUAUGGUUUUGGUACGAACUUUGCAACCUACCGAAAAGGCUUGUAAUAUCUUUUCUUAAUAAUUUGUGGGUUUUACUCUACCAAACAUAUUUAUGCUUGCAAAAUAUUGUUUGUUAAUGAAUGCUUGAAUUAUAUGACAAUGUAUGAAUGUUGUUUUACCAACUUUUUAUAAAAGCUAAUCCAAUAAAUGUUCCCUUUCAAUUUCAUGUCCCACCACUCCAACUGCAGCUUCUGUGGUCAUAACAUUCAUCCAGUACGUCCUUGAACACGAUGUAAGCCUAGUAACGAGUUCUUGAACACAAGGUAUUCGUUCUGCUACGAAUCUCGAACCAACAUACAUCGUGAAGCUCACUGCUUUUAUUUGGAUUUUCUUAGUUUUCGUAAUGCAAGUUCUGUUUUUUUUUUUUUUUUUUUUUUUUUUUUUUUUU